GUGCGAGAGCGAUCGCACCGUGUGCACGAAGUGGCGACGAUGAGCUUGGAGGAAGCACUCUUCGGCCGCCUGUGGACGGUCGAUUCGUCGGAAGCGCUCGUUGUAGUUCUUCGAGACAUACAAUCCAAUCUGGACGCUAUCGUGACAAAGAACGGAGACACAUCCGGUGGCCGCGUCCUGACUACGCUCGAUGCGCACGAACACCAACACCCAGGUUUGUGGACGAAUUCCGCGAUUGACCUCAAGCGAGCACUUCACGACCGUAUUCUCGAAGCAACAGCACCCCCGAGGAAUCCGAUUUUGACCAAAGGCACAAGCGAUUCGAGCUAUGCGACGAAUGCACUGCUGCGGUUGACAUCGCUUGGCCGUUCGACGUCGUCGGUAGGUGGUGCCGCCGCCGCCACAACUCCCCGCAGCGGGGUGCGCAAUACGUACCGUCCUUCCUUGGACAACAUUGACCAGCAAGGGUCGACAACGGAUACGCUCCUGCGUUCGAUCGGGUCUUUUUUGGGAUACACCGAGACGUGCUACUGCCAAAUCUGCCUCGAAUACGUCGACGUCGCGUCCACGAUCAUGCUGAAUGCCUGCGGCCACCGUUUCUGCAUCGAGUGCAUGGAGGGUUACGUGGCAUCCAAGAUCACCGACGGCCUCGUGUAUCCCACGUGCUUCUUCACAUCGCCACCGUCCGACGACGGCAGCGACUCCGCCAUUCCCACGACCUGCCACGCCGCUAUUCACCCCACAGACCUCCGCGCAGUCAUCUCGUCCGACGAAGUGUGGUCCAAGUACGAAAAAUUCAAAUUCAACAAAGAGCACGCGAACGCGCGCGAGUGUCCAUUUUGCCACCACGUCCAAGUCAGCGCUACCGCGGCGGUCGACCCGGCCAUCACGUGCGACGAAUGCCAUGAAGUGUACUGCUUUAGCCACAGCAGUGCACACCCUGGGACAUCCUGCGUCGAGUACGAGAAAUCGCGGCGCGCCGAAGAAAAGCUGAACCAGGCCAAGAUCAGCCAAAUCGCAAAGCUGUGUCCAGGGUGUAAGUCGCCCGUCGAGAAGAGCGGUGGGUGCAACCAAAUGAAGUGCAUCACGUGCGGCAUCCACUUUUGCUGGCUCUGCGGGAAACAGGUCGACGACGGCGUCUUUCCCGAGCAUUUCCAGUGGUGGAACCUCGCGGGAUGCGCCGGUGCUCAAAUGUCCGAGUCGACCGCGGGCCAGCCGUCCAUGCUCAACAAGAUAUCGUGGUUUCUGUUUCGCCUGGUGCUAUGCAUCGUGUUUGGUCCGCCGGCGUUUUUGAUGGCGAUUGCAUUCUCGAUCAUCGGGUGCUGCUGUAUCCCGUGCUGCAUGACGAGCCGCGAGACCGGCCAGUCCACUUUCCUCGGGUGCUUUUGCAUCUCGGGGUGGGUGCUCAUGGUUCCCGCAGCGUUGGUGCUGGCCCUCCCCUUUCUUCCGUUCGGGCUUGUGGCGUUCUACUUUUGGCCGGAUCAAGUGCGUGCGUUGUGGCAAGAUGAAGACCAAGUCCCGGCCAUUCCACCCGACGACCACCCAUCAACCAUGUACGCAGACGACACGGCGCCGCCGCCAUCGGCCAGUCCCGUCGCCGACGAAGAUGACUUGCCCGGGCCUUAUCACCACAUUUAGUCGUCGACAGGACGUAGGCUCGGGCUCGUUCAACACGAAUAACGUAAGAGAGCCGCAUGCUCAGCGUUCCUCUGACGGCAAUCCUAGCAAGAGGUUCCCGCGAGGGCGAUCGACAACGGUUGCGGCAACUCUUGUCGGAAUGGACAGUCAUGUUGUAGCCUUCAAAUCAUGGGUUGCACCGCGCUACUACUCAGUGCGGCCGUCAUGGCGGAGAAGUUAGGUCUGUCCAACGAAUCCAGCAUGUUACGAAUCAUGGUUUGCACUGCGGCAAACUACCAAGUCAGGUGUUCAACGUCGUCAAGAAGGCGUCGAUCUCGGCGUUGAUGGCAUCCUUGGCGUACAGCCCAUCACGGGCCCACUGGGGAAACCUCGCCUUCCCGUGGGCAGCACCGAGCAACGCCCCCAGGGCCGCCCCCCUCGCGACGUUUUCGCCCCCGGCGUUGGCAUUGGCCAGGACCGCGGCCUCGGGGCUGUCAGCGUACUUGUAGGCAAAGUGCAGCAGCGCGGGAAACGAUGAUUCCAUGUAGCAUGCCACCAUUGGGUCCUUCCGAC